GGAAAUGUCAGAUUCGGCUCCACCUCCUGAGGGUCUGAGCUCUAACUCGACGGCUAGCACGUCUCCACCUCCCUCGGAGGCGACUUCUCCGCCGCCAUCGACCUCUCCGCCAUCUCCACCAGCUUCGGCGCCGCCUCCCCAGAGUCCACCUCCGUCCGAAAACCCAUCCCCGUCGCCACCAUAUUCGCCUCCGCUACAACCUUCUGAAUCAACUGCAUCUCCUCCGCCUGAGUCAUCACCACUCACCCCUCCACCGAAUACGCCGCCAACGUUGGCACCACCGAAUACCCCACCACCAAAUGCCUCCCCUCCUCCUCCAAUUCCACCUCCACCACCUCCUCCUCCUUCUCCUCCUCCUCCCAAAGCUGCCUCCCCCGUUCCUUCACCACCAUCACGUGUUCUUACCUCUCCGCCUCCGCCUCCUCCUGCUUCUCCUCCUCCAGCAUCGUCACCUCCUGUUAGCUCACCAUCGGAUUCAAGAUCUCCCCCUCCGCCGCCACCUACACCCGUCGUCGUGCCGCCACCUGCACCCGUCGUCGUGCCACCAUCACCUAGUCCUCCAAAGGUUGCUCCGUCUCCUGGAAACCAAGAAUCACGACCACCACCACCUCCUCCUGUGUCUGCAACUGCACCAAGUUCUCCAACUCCGCCGUCCAUACCUGCACCCGCACCAUCAUCAACCAUUACCACUCCAACUCCGCCAUCCGUGCCGACACCCGUAACACCUAUCCAUAAGAACACUACUCCUUCACAUUCCCCAUCACCUACUGUUCCGCGGCACAUUUCCCCUUCCAAAAAUUCAAGCUCCUCUCCUUCCGCUGCUUCAUCGAAUUCACAAGGCAAUCAUGAAACGGUAACAUUGGUCGGAAUUACUGUUGCUGGAGUAUUAGUCGCCUUAGUUGCCAUUUUCUUCGUGGUCUUAAGGAAGAAGAAUAAAAGAACGCAUGGCUUAACAGGACAGUCCAGGCGUCCACCUCCUGAAAUUGCACUACCAAAUGGCCGCUACCAUGGACCGGCAGGUGCAGCAGCCGGAAGAGCUCCACAUCCAGAUGCCAAUCACGCAGCGUCUCCUUCCGGGGAAAGCUCGUACGGGAGUUAUGGUCGCCAGGUUCGUGCUGCUGAGGGGAUCGAUCCUUCAGGGUCCAAGUCAUGGUUUACAUACGAAGAGCUGAUGGACAUAACGAAUGGGUUUUCUCGGGAGAAUCAUAUUGGCGAGGGAGGGUUCGGAUCUGUGUACAAGGGUGUGCUGCAAGACGGUAGAGAAGUGGCGGUGAAGCAGCUUAAGAUUGGGAGUGGACAAGGCGACAGGGAAUUCAAGGCGGAAGUGGAGAUCAUCAGCCGCGUCCACCACCGCCAUCUGGUUUCUCUGGUGGGUUACUGCAUAGCAGAACAACAUCGGCUGCUGGUCUACGAAUUCGUCUCCAAUAAAACUCUAGAUCACCAUUUGCAUGGAGAGGGACUUCCCGUUCUCGACUGGGGCAAACGAAUGAGAAUUGCUGUAGGCUCUGCUCGUGGACUGGCGUACCUGCAUGAAGAUUGUCAUCCUCGGAUCAUUCACAGGGACAUCAAGUCGGCUAAUAUCCUUUUGGAUGAAUCCUUCGAAGCGCAGGUAGCAGAUUUUGGGCUGGCAAAACUAGCAAACGAUGCACAUACGCAUGUGUCGACCAGAGUUAUGGGAACAUUCGGGUACUUGGCACCGGAGUAUGCAUCGAGCGGAAAAUUAACAGAUAGAUCAGAUGUGUAUUCAUUUGGAGUCGUGCUUCUGGAACUCAUAACCGGGCGAAAACCUGUUGAUGCAUCUCGGCCUUUGGGCGACGAGAGCUUGGUGGAAUGGGCUCGACCACUCUUGAUUCAUGCUCUUGAAACAGGCGACUACGAAGAAUUAGUGGACCCCAAGCUUGAGAACAACUUUCUAAAAGCUGAUAUGUUACGUGUGAUCGAAGCAGCUGCUGCUUGCGUCCGUCACUCUGCUCCCAAGCGACCACGAAUGGUGCAGGUGCUGAGAGCAUUGGAUAGCGAGGGAAGCCUGUCUGAUCUCUCCAAUGGCGUCAAGUUCGGCCAGAGCACCGUCUACAACUCUGGCCAGUACUCCGCUGACAUCCAAAAGCUGCGGAGAAUGGCGUUCGAUAGUGGGGGCUUCAGCAUCGACUACGACCAUUCCGGUGAGCAUGAGCACGAACACGGAAGCAACUCGACAUACAGCAGUGCCGAGCACUAG